AUGCAUCUGAUGUGCAACGUCGACGCCUCGGGCAAGCGUGCCUACACCCUCAAGAAGAUCCUCGAGGGCAAGGUCACCAAGUCUGCCCACCCGGCUCGCUUCUCCCCCGACGACAAGUGGUCCAAGCACCGUGUGCUACUGAGGAAGCGCUUCAACCGCCUGCUUCCUGGUCAGGGCGACGCCGAGUUCAAGGGACAAUAA